AUGCAGUUUGAUCGUCAAACCUUAUCCAUUGCAAUGCGUUUCUUGAUGGCCAAAACUCCAGAGCAAAGGGCAGCUGUUGAUCUGGACCCUCAUUACACACAGCUUAGGUUUCAUUCUUUUAUACCAUAUCAUAUGAUGAUGAUGCUUAUAUUAUCCAUUAUCCAAUCCUACAUACAGUUUGAACCUCACCCCAUGUAUCUAUGCAGGAAUGUCAGUUCACCUCAUUUUCAUUUUCAUUUUGUUAUUGAUUCAAUAGUGAACCCACCUGCAGUUGAUUGGCUAGGGCUUCCAGUUCAGUUUUGGGCUUUAUCUCUACAUUUCUAUUUAACAGUUUCAAGCACAAGCACAAGAAACAGAGCAUCUUUCCUAUCACUUUUAAGGUGUACAAUGUUGGAAAGGAGGAAACAAUUGUAUUGCAGCUUAAAGGUGAUUGUUCUCUUGGUUACCUCCAUAUCGUUUGCUCACCAAAGAAGAAGGUUUAGAAGUAUACGAGGACAUGAUAUUGGGGAGAGAUUUCGAGGACAUGUGUGUUCAGAUGUAUUACAGGGGGGAAAUGUUUGGUUUUGUCCAUUUAUACCACGGGCAAGAAGUUGUUUCUCAGGGUUCAUCAAUCUGUUGAAGAAAGAGGAUAGUGUUGUGAGCACCUACCGUGAUCAUGUUCAUGCUCUAAGCAAGGGGGUGCCUGCUCGUGCUAUGAUGAGCGAGUUGUUUGGGAAGAAAACAGCGUGUUACUGUGGUCAGGGUGGAUCCAUGAACAUGUUCUCUACUGAAUACAAUGUUCUUGGAGGGCUUGCCUUUAUAGGAGAAGGCAUCCCCUGUUGCCACAGCUCUAUGGAAAUUGCCUGUCAUAUUUGUGGUGGAGAACAAUCUGUGGGCAAUUGGGAUGUCCCAUCUGCGUUCAACUUCAGAUCUAGAAAUCUAGAAGAAGGGUCCAUCUUUUGGGAUGCCAGAUUCAGAGGACACUCUUUGGCUGAUCCUGAUAAGCUUCGUGACCCAGCUGAGAAGGCUCAUUAUGCAAUAAGGGAUCCAAUAACAGGAUUGAAGAAAUACCUGACUGAAAACAAAUUGGCAAGUGAAGCAGAUUUAAAGGCGAUAAAGAAGAAGAUAGAUGAGGUGGUUGAGGAAGCUGUGGAGUUUGUAGAUGAAAGCCCUGCUCCUUCAAGAAGCCAACUGCUGGAAAAUGUGUUUGCAGAUCCAAGAGGGUUUGGAUUAAUUGGACCUGAUGGAAGUUACAGGUGUGAGGAUCCUAAGUUUACUGAAGGCACUGCUCAGGUUUGUUACUUCACUCGUGUGGUGAAAGUUGCUGAUGUAGCUGGUAUUCUAAGGACUAAAAGUCCUAAUCUAUUCCGUCAAUUAGGAUUGAUGCAUAUAUUUGUAGUUCCACGUGCUUCUCGUGUGAUUGGCAUGAUCACCAGAAAGGACUUGAUAUUUGAGAUUACGGUCGCAUGGCAGAAAUACUUGUACAAAGAGCAUAUUCCCCUGAUGAAUUCACCCGUUGAACUGCAAUCACAUGGAUAA